AUGUCUGAAACAAGCACAAAAAACGUUGAGAUUGAUCCAAAUAACUGCAUACAAGUAGGUAGUUACAUUAUUAUACAAAAACAUAAUUACAAAAAAAUUCAUAAAUUCAACAAACCCGAUUCUACGGUAUCUAUUGGUCGAGAUAGCGUUAAUUUAGAUGGCAUCGUAGGCUAUCCGUAUUUUUCUAUGUUUAAAAUGUUGCCAAAAGGCAAAAAAGGGCGCGAAUUUAGUCUAGAAUGGACAAACGAGGCUGUAGAGUUAAAAGAUGAAAUUGAAAUAAAAGAAUCUGGCGAGGAUAACAGAGGUAUUGUAGACGAUGGCAGGUCACAGAAACUAACAGCCGAUGAGAUCAGGGGCCUUGCUACCGAUAAUAAUAGGGCUUCGGAUAUUGUAGAAACACUGAUAUCGAACUCCGUUACUUUCCAUAAUAAAACGGAAUAUGCGCAAGAGAAAUAUUUAAAAAAGAAAGAGAAAAAGUACUCUGAGUAUAUACAAAUUUUACGUCCCAACUUGAGAAUGAUAGCUGAUAUUAUGUACAACUUAGAACCGGGAAAGAUACAGCACAUUCGGUUAGAUACAUUAUCUCAAAUUCUGACAUACAGUAAUGUACAAAGUGAAGGAGUACAUUUGCUCUAUGAUUCAGGUUCAAAUGGUCUUGUAGCUGCCGCAUUAUUAAGUCGUAUUGGAGAAGAAACAGAUGGUAAACUUGUGCACAUGCAUCCAGGGAAUAUGUCUCAAAAACAAGCCUUACUAGCUAUGAAUUUCCCAGAAGAACAAUACAAUAGGUGUAUCUCCGUUAACAUUUAUUCUGUUUUAAGACAAGUGUAUCAAGGUUGCGAUACUCAUCAAGAGAAAUCUACUAACAAUUUUAGUGAAACGAGUAUAGAUGAAACUAGUACAGAAUCUUUGAAACGUAAAGCUGAUCAGAACAAUACUGGACAUAAGAGUAAAAUAGCUAAAACGGAAGAAAAUCACGAUGUUUCGAAUUCAGACACAACUUCACCCAUUGAAGAUAGCAUAACAGUCAGUAAUACAGCCGAAGAAACUGGCAAAGUGGAUCAAAAAACUACAACAAAUAAUAGUGACAAAGUCGGAGAUACAAAAGUGAAUAUUCCACAAGACAACGAAGCCAACCAGAAAGAAUGUUUUGAACCUAAAAAGCCUAAAUGGCACUAUGAUAACAUCACAGCAGCAGAAUUAUUAAGCCACAAAGUUGAUUCGCUAGUAAUAGCCUGUAAAGAAGACCCGUUGAAUAUUUUCAAUGAACUACUGCAAUUCGUGAAGCCAAGUCGACCAUUUGUGGUUUAUUACGUUGUGGCUGAACCGCUACAAAACAUGUAUGUUGCGUUGAAGUCGAACCCUAGAGUUUGCGCUUUGAAGCUUUCUUGUAACUGGAUGAGAAAUUACCAGGUUUGUAAAUGUUAUAUAUAUAUUAUACUUCGUCAUGCCCAUUUUUAA